AUGGAAUCUACCGAUACAGUGCUCUUGGUCUCUCCAGGCUCUAUCGCCGUCGCCUUGGUGACAAUCGCUUUUCUACUUCAUCGAGCAUGGCCUCGCCUAUUUCCACGCAAAUCCGAUAAAAUCAUUGAAACUGUUCCAGCUGGACUCUAUAACCCUGCGGGCUUAGCUGUGUCCAAGGAGCCCGAGCUUCCAGAGGGAUGGUGGACCGGUCAGGAGGUCUUCGAGCUCGAGCGGCGCGCACUCUUUAGCAAAACGUGGCUGUAUCUCGCUCACAGCACUCAGUUCAAAAAACCUGGUGCAUAUCAAUCAUUCGAUAUUGCCGGGUUCCCGGUUUUUCUCAUUCGCGGCAAGGAUGACAAGAUCCGCGCGUUUCACAACGUUUGUCGGCAUAGAGCAUACACCAUUACCAGGAAGGAGACUGGUGCGUCGACUGUGCUGGGUUGUCGAUAUCAUGGUUGGAGCUAUGAUACCACUGGUCGACUGGUGAAAGCUCCUCAGUUCGAUGACAUUCCUGGGUUUGAUAAGUCGCGGAAUAGUCUCUUUGAGAUUCAUACACAUACCACUGAUCAAGGAUUGGUGUUUGUGAAUCUUGAUUCUGGUGAGCCAGCUGCGUUUGACAGUACGAUUACAUCGUCCGUUGGCCGAUUUGCUCGCAUUGCUGGGAUGGAAGAGAAAUCGACUUGGAUUACAGGUCAGACUUUGUCUGGGGAUUUCAACUGGAAGGUUGGUGCGAAUGGUUAUCACCCUGAUGAAUUUCUGAGGGAAUUGAAUCGCAGAGCGUCUGAAGUCUCUAGACAUUCGCUCGCUACGAGGCUUGUCAGGAGUAUUAUGCAGAAGAGCACUGGAAAUGAUUGUUCAUUAUUUCCGACAACACUCCUUUGUUCACUUGAAGAUGGGGAUUUGACUGUUGCUCUAUCCUUCUUUCCUGCCUCUGAGUCGAAGACGCACAUGCGCUAUGACCUGUUCGCUCGCUCCAGUGUGAGUGAGCCUGAGACACAGAGAUUCUCCGAUAUUUUGCAGAGCACGACCAAGCAACUAGCUGGAGAACUUGAAGUCAAAUAUCAGUACAUCUCGAAGACUCAAAGCUCAUCGGGCGAGUCCAACAGCACAGCCACUCGUGAAAUCCUCCGUCGACUGCAGGAUCAUAUGAAACUCGAAAGAAUCGAAGGAAGUCAGAUCUUCCCAGCCACGCACAAACCAGAAGGAAGCACCUUGUUCCAACAAGCAGACCAGCUAUGCAAGGAACUUGACUGUGCUAGUGGUGGAUCGCAGACCGGUACUUCAACAGGUCCACUUGACUGGUAG